UGAUUGCUCUUAUUUUUCUGCACAUUCUCAACAUGAAGUCCUGUGCGUCUCAUCUUUGCCUUUGUGUGCUUGGGGUGAUUGUGUGGAUGGGGCUGUGGGUCCAUUGCAACAUUCCUGAUUCCCUGUGUGGUGCCUACUUGCCUGGAGAUGUUAACUAUGCAAUUUUGACUUCAAUUCAUUCAAGAGUAGUCAACCUUCACAAACGAACAAGUCCACAACCAUUCACUUGUACUGACUUUGAUCUGAUCCCAUUUCUGCAAUCAUUGGCUGCCAUUCACACAAUUGAAGAAAUCAAUAACUCUGAGUUUUUGCCGGGGAUUAAGCUUGGAUAUGAAGUGUGUGAUCCUUGUGCAUCUCCCACUAAAGCCCUGCACUGUGUGGAACAUUUACUGUCUAUUAAUGGAUCUGUGCCAGUGCUUUCUGAUUACUCUGAUUUUCGUCCGUCAAUGAAAGCGCUUUUGGGAGAAAGAUACUCUGAGUUGUCUAUUGCUGUUGCCAAGCUACUCAGCCUCUAUAUGUUUCCUCAGAUAAGUUGUUCAUCAUCUUCACCAGCCUUGAGUGACAAACUGCGUUAUCCAUCCUUCAUGCGUGUGAUUCCAAGUGAUGUCUACCAAGCCCAGGCACUGGUCAAACUCAUGGCCCAUUUCUCAUGGGACUGGGUUGGUGUAGUGUAUGGAGAUGAUGACUAUGGCAGAGCAGCCUACCAAAGUUUCCUGCUGGAGGCAGGGAAAAAAGUAUGUGCCGCUUUUGAGGGUGUGGUACCACACUACUUGGACCACAUCGAUAUUGACAAGCACAUCAAACAGGUUGCUGACAGAAUUCGAGCUUCACCCGCCAAAGUUGUGCUGCUCAUUCUAAAGCCACAGCUGGUGGAAAAGCUUUUCAAGGUGAUGAUUCAAAGCAACACAAGCAGAAUUUGGAUCGCAAGUGACGCUUGGUCCAUGUUCCGCCCAUUAACAAAGAUGAAAGAUAUAAACCAAGUGGGUCCCAUCUUUGGCUUUUCCUUUUCCAUGGGAAAUAUUCCAGGGUUUGAAGAGUACUUGAGAAACCUCAGGCCAACCCCAGGGGGGAGAAAUUUCUUCAUAGAAGAAUACAAGCAGUUGAGACUCAACUGUUCCAUCUCACCCUUAAACUGCAGCGUAGAUGACUUGCUCUAUGCCGUGGAUCCAAGAGAGGCGUAUAGAGAGAGAGUGGCGAUUUACGCUAUAGCUCAUGGCAUUAGAAAACUCCUUAAAUGCAAUGAGACAGCCUGCUCAGAAGAUAUCAACUUCCCACCUUGGAAGCUUGUGGAAAGUGUUCGCAGUGUGCAUUUCACACUUGACGGCACAACAUAUUCCUUUGAUGAAAAUGGAGACUUUAUGGAUGGUUAUGACAUACUGAUGUGGAAGAAAACUGAUGUUGGACGAAUUAUUGAAGUUGUGGGAAAAUUUAUCCUAAAAAAAGGAGAAGUGGAGAUAAACGAUGAAUUAAGAAAUAACACGAUCCCUGUGUCCAGAUGUUCAGAGACUUGCCUACCUGGCACAUUUAUGAAUAUUAUAAAUGUCUCCUGCUGCUACAGCUGCAACAAAUGUAAAGAAGGAACAUAUUCUAAUAAAGAGGAUACAGUUCACUGUCAUAAUUGUCCUGAAGAAAAGUGGUCUCUUGAAGGAAGCAGCACAUGCUUAGACUUCCAGGAGAGAUUUCUAAUUUGGUCUGGGAGUUAUCCAAUAGCUCUGUUAGCAGCAACAGCAAUAGGCAUGAUUCUAGUGUUCACUUCAUUUAUAAUUUUCAUUGUGCACAGAAACACAAUCAUAAUCAGAAAUGCUGAUUUUAAAAUGUCUUUCUUUAUGCUACUAGGACUGAUGGUUAGCUUUGUGAGUGUAAUUAUGUUUAUCGGCAGGCCAAACAUGCAUCUGUGUAGGGCACAGCAGGCUGUCUACGGUCUUGGUUUCACCAUGUGCAUUUCAUGCAUCCUUGUUAAAGCCUACCGCACUUUCCUGGUUUUCAUGUCCUUUGAUCCGUACAGGCAGUUUCAGCUCAGAAAACUCUACAAACCUCUAAUCAAUUUGGCCCUGCUUACCUCUGGUCAAGUAGUGAUCCUGUUGUUCUGGAUGAUCUUCAAGUCCCCCAAAGUGGAUCCAAAAUGGCCUGGAAGUGGCUUGGUAAAAUACAUUCUCUGUGAUGAGGGCUCUAUACCAGGUUUUGCCAUCAUGCAUGGUUACAUAGCUCUGUUGGCCUUCAUAUGUUUCUUCCUUGCUUUCAAGGGUAGAAAAGUGCCACACGAUUUUAACGACACUGGGGUCAUAAUCUUUAGCAUUCUGAUUCACCUGUUUGUCUGGCUGUGUUUUAUCCCCAUUUACAUUAAUAAGGACAUGACAGAACAGAGGCCCGUUGUUCAGGCUUCAGCCAUCCUGGCCUCCAACUACGGCAUAAUCUUAUGUCAUUUUGUUCCAAAGUGCUACAUAGUUCUCUGGGAGUUGUCGGAGAACUCGAGGGCAUCAGUCCUGCGGAGGUUGAAUAGGCACAUUAGGGAUGACAUGGCCAAUGCACACAUAACCAUAUUACAUGAAUCAGUUAGAAUAACUCCAGGAGUAAGUUCAGUAGAAUCUGCUGUAGAGAUAAGCACCAUCUCUUAAAAUGUUUCUAGAACUAUAAGAACUGUGAAUAUGUUAAAUAAGGACAGAAGCAGUGCUACUUCAACAGAGUCCAGCCAUGGCCUGGUGAGACAAAGACAUAUCACAAAAUAAUUUAUGGAGUUCAAAAGUCUGAAUCCACCUGUGAAAAUGUUGCAAUAUUUUGAAAUACAUUUUUUUUCAUCAUUAAUAAUUGUUAAUAAUAAUUUGCAUUACAUUUUGUGGGACAAGUUGAACAUGAAUUUAAUAAAGCAUGGACAGAACCUUAUGUUUAUGAUCUCCAGCACCUUUUGUAUAAAGAAAUUAACAUUGUAAAUGUUACAUGUUUGCUUAUUUGAUAAGUGACCAAAUGCAGAAUCGAAAUAUUUCUCAUUCAAGUCAUUGU